AUGUCAAUUUUACAAGUUUUAAUAAUUUUGUUUUUUGUCAGCUACGUGUCAUCACAAUCAGCACAGGAUGAUAAACCAUUUUUGAGGAUUGUAGCACCAAAAUUUAUUUGUGAUGAUCCAUCAAAGGCAAAAUCAAAUGACACAGACUCGAAAAAUAAACUUAAUAUUGGACUUCAAACCAGAGAGGGACAAAGACUUAAGUACAAAAUUGCUAUAGACUUUACAUUGCUGGAUGGAUUUAAGAAUCAAAGACAUACAUUGAGUAUUUGGAAGAAUGUUCGAGAGCUACAAGCUAAAUUUGCUGUCAAAAAUGUUUCAGAUGAAAUUUCACUAAGGAAUCAAAUUGAAAUUGAUGCAUUGGAACUUACACCACAGGUUAUAUAUACAUUCAAAGUGAUUGGAUAUGAUGAAAAUAAUCGUACGAGUGACGAGCAGAAUUUUACAAUAACAUACAAAGGCGAGAAGCUUCAAGCUGUUCAUUCAAAUGUCGGUGAUGGCGUGUCUCUUCUGCUCUUUGGGCCCGAAUCUUUCUAUAACGAUUUAGAGUUUCUAGCCGUUGCAGAUGUUUUGUUUUGUGACCCAAUUAAUGAUUUUUAUUAUCAAUGGAAAAUCGAUGGCAUGCCUGAGUUAUUUAAUGAUGAUUAUUUGAGUGUAAGGAGCAGCUCGCUGAAAUUGCCACCCGGCCUUUUUGAUGGAAAUAAAUUAUAUGAAGUUGUCGUGACUAUCUUCAAUAAUAAGUCUGAGGCACUGGCUAGCCUCUCACUUCCGAUAAAAGUACUUUCAAGGGAAAUCAACACUCAAAAUGUUCCAGCAGAUUGCAGUGUAGGAAUUAAUAAGGAAGUUCCAUUCGUAACUGCACUCUACCGCAAUCCAGUCAAUGAAAACAUUAAUGUCAAAUGGACAUGCACAAUUGAUGAAAAGGAAUGUCCAAAUGUGUUUACAAAUUUAUCGGAAUCGCUUCAAGUGUCUGCAGUAUUUCCGAAUGAAGGAAUUUAUGUCCUUAAUGCAGAUGUAAGCGUGACAGGAUCUUCAAAAUCAUCUAAUACACGAGUAUUGGCAGAUCAGAAAGUAAUUCCGCAUGUUAUGAUAAAAUACUUUCCACAGCAGCCAGUUAGUGCAGUUGAACCUAAUGUGAUUGUUGCUACAAUCUUGGAUUUAGUUCCUAAAUGUGUUGCUUACUGGAAUAUCGUAACUGAUGAUGAAAAAUAUGCAAAGCCGAAGAAUGAGAGCUUGACGAAUAUUGGGCUGGUUUCAAUUAAGGACUAUGAGGAACACUUCCUUCAGGAACUUGUUGACUAUGACAACAAUACACUGUCAAAAGACACGACUUUAGAAAUUCCUGCUGAUGCUUUAUUCGCAGAUUCAAUGUAUAAAUUUCGUCUUAAUGUAAUCUGCCAGGAACCUAUAACAGAAAUGAUGGCACCAACUGAUCGUCAGAAUAUAACAACUUACUAUGAAAUAGUCUUUGAGACUAAUGGCCCUCCAGUAGCAUUACCACUUCUAAUUUUGCCGUUAAUUGGAACUCCAAUGAAAGAUUUAUUUACAUUCAAGACAGGCGCGGCAAAGGAACGACAAUCUGACUAUCCAUUGAAAUAUUCAUUCGGGUAUCAAGUAGACAAUUUGAUAAUUAAUAUUGGGACAUUUUAUGAGUUUCAAGUCGCACGCACCCAACUGCCAUAUUCAAAUGAGAUCCGAACAUUCUUGCAAGUCACUGACAACAACAAUGCUACUGUUCAUGCUAAAGGACCGACACUAAGGGCUAAUAAAGAUUAUAAAUUCACAAAAAAGGAAAUAGACUUUAAAUUAUCGGAAGUCCAAGGAACUCUAAAGAGAUCAGAAUACAGUAAGACAUUAAAUUCAGCAACUGUUCUUAUUCUUACUCAAAGGAAGUACGCGUCAGAAGAGGAUGCAAAGAAUUAUGAGCAGCAAGUUUAUGAAAUGCUUAAAACUGAACUUGAUGAUUUAAAAUCAUCGAAAUCCUCAACGUUUGUUCAUCAACAGAAUGUCAUUGAAUUUGUGAAAAUGUCAAAGAAUCUCCUAAGCAUAAUGACUGUAUUUGAUGAUAGUUUUGUAGAAGACAUCCUCAGCUUAACGGAAGCACAAAGUCGACGAGCAAAGCGAUUGAUUCUGUCAAAUUCUUUGAGGAACAAAAAUAUUAUGGCACAUGACACAGAUUACAUCCAAAAUGUGCUCAGUCUUUCGGAUAUGCUUGUAUCAUCAUCAAAUCCAGAGACAGUUCAACGUGAGAAAAGGAAGUAUGUUGAAAAAAUUCAUCUUUUUAUUAUGUCGCUGUGUCAGGAUCAAUACUUAAAUUCUCAUACUAUAAAAUCAAAGUUUGCAGCAUUUGAAGUGUCCAAAAUAUACUCAAGACAGCUCUAUAUUAAACCACAAAAAUUUCCAAAUGAUACAGCCACAGCAAUCUAUUCAUCUAAUCCAAACUUUCCAUCAAAGUUUGUCUGCAUCGGAAAGAUAAGAUUCAUAAUUGACAUGUUCAAUGUCUCAUCCAAGGACAAUUCAGAAAGCAUUGUGUAUGAAACGAGAAUCAUCGAUGAUGACGGCAGUGGAAAGAAGAUUCCAGUUCAAAGCGAAAUUGUAUCUGAUUAUGUUGUUAUGGAAAUGCCAUUUAAAAAUGGAAAUGCUAAUGAGCAAACGUGCUUCACAUGGUCGGAUAAUCAAUGGAGCUCUAACGAAUGUGAGCAACAGGUGGUCAAUCAAUCAAGAAUUAUUUGUAGAUGUAAGACAUUGAGUGACUCUGCAAUCAUUAAAUAUCAAAAAGGCUUAGUGACUAAACCCACGACUCCUACAAAGGUCACCACAGCAUUCACCUUUUCACCUAUAAGAACUGAACCAACAAGUAGCAAGACAACAGGAAAUCCAACAACUAUUGAGUCAUUUGGUAAAGGAACUACAUCAAGUGUUUUCAUUGAUUCAACAACUGUUAAAUCCACUGAUGAAAGUUCAAAGGCUUCAACGACUGUUAAAUUCACUGAUGAAAGUUUAAAAGCUACUACAGCACAAAGUGCAAUCAUGACACAAACAGAAUCACAAACUGUUACAACCACUUUUGAGAGUCCUACAGCAACUUUAACAACUGAGCAGAUAACAAAGAAAAUUGAAACAAUUGGAACUACGCUAAAGUCAACCAAUACUGAAGACAAUACUGAUAAUCCAAAUGAAGUUACAGCUACAAUUAUUCCAGACAUUCCAAAAACAACAUCAAAUGUUGAUAUUCCAGUUACAACACCAAAAGCUGACAUCCCAGAGAUAACUUCUACUCAAUUUAGCUCUAAAUCUCCACUUUCUACUGAAAGUUUAAAGCCUGAAAGCUCAUCAUCAACAGAAAAUAAUCAAGUGACUACAAAAGGAUAUAUAAGCACAACUGGAAGUUUCAUCAGCACAUCUAUAAGCACCCAGGCAACAGAAAACAGUAAAACUUCAUCAGCUAUGCAUUCAACAAGUAUCCAAUCAACAGCACUUGAAACCGAUAAGUUCAUUUCUACAAAACAAAUGGAAGCAAGUACAAAGUCAACAGCAACAGAAAGUACAAAACAAAUGACAGUAAAUAAUCAAAAGGACGUGAUUUCUGAGAAGCCAACGACUUUAACAAAGCAAUCGACAGGUAAAUCGAAGCAUGAAACGACUUCUGUAACUGCAAUUGUGACAAAGGAAAGUCAAGGAAAUACUAAUGAUACUUCUGCGAAGCUUGAAGAAGCAAACAUUGGACUCAAUAGUUGGUUUGUAUUAUUGAUGCUGGGAUUAUUCUUUGCCAUUGUGAUUAUCCUCAUACUCAUCCAUCGAUGUCGAAGAUUUGCUGAGACAUACAUCAACUUACCAAUGAGACAACCUUCAGACAGCAUAAAGUAUGCCAAGUAUCAUGAUGAGUUUAUACUGAGAGGAUAAAAUGGAGCAACUUAGCAUUAUUGUUUACUCAUCCUCAUCCUACAUACAACAAAUGCAUUCAGCAUGUUGAAACUCACGUGAUUCUAACAUAUUAAGGAUCAUGAUUUAACUCAUGACUGGAAGUUAAUUGAAUGCAAUUUUUAAAACUACAAAAAGAGAGUGUGUAACACAAUGUGAUAUUAAUUAACUUUUUUAAUGGCAAAUAAAGUUGAUAUUUUGUUCUUA